AGUGCGUGCUAGCACAGACUCAGGCCUCUUCUUCCCCCUCCACAUUGUUUUCCUGUCACCGUUUCCAGAUAUCUGGAAACAAGGGGGGGAAAGCAAAGUUGCCUGAGUUGGUGAUUUUCCGGCGGAAUGGUCCUCCACUCCGGGGACCCCAAAUGGGGUCGCCUUUGGCCUCAUGUGCUCUUUGCUGCUGUGGUAUGGUUCUCUGCUAGCAAUGCUGUAGUCUCCGGCCAGUAUCCCUACUCGUCACCACCACCACCGCCUUAUAUGUACAAAUCACCACCACCUCCUUCGCCGUCGCCGCCACCUCCUUACUAUUACAAAUCACCGCCGCCUCCGUCCCCCUCUCCUCCACCACCGUACUACUACAAGUCUCCACCACCACCUUCUCCUUCACCGCCGCCACCGUACUAUUACAAGUCCCCUCCACCACAUUCCCCAUCUCCUCCGCCACCUUACUACUACAAAUCACCACCACCACCUUCUCCAUCUCCUCCACCACCUUACUACUACAAGUCACCACCACCACCGUCCCCCUCCCCUCCUCCGCCCUACUACUACAAAUCUCCGCCGCCACCUUCCCCAUCUCCUCCUCCACCAUAUUAUUACAAAUCCCCACCACCUCCUUCCCCAUCUCCUCCUCCUCCCUACUACUACAAAUCACCACCACCACCUUCCCCAUCUCCUCCUCCUCCCUACUACUACAAAUCACCACCACCACCUUCCCCAUCUCCUCCUCCACCCUACUACUACAAAUCCCCACCACCGCCUUCACCUUCACCGCCGCCACCUUACUAUUACAAGUCUCCGCCACCACCUUCACCGUCUCCACCACCACCUUACUACUAUAAGUCCCCACCGCCACCUUCACCAUCGCCGCCACCACCGUAUUACUACAAAUCCCCACCACCACCUUCACCGUCGCCACCCCCACCAUACUAUUACAAAUCCCCGCCACCACCCUCACCAUCCCCACCACCACCGUACUACUACAAGUCACCCCCACCACCAUCACCGUCUCCUCCACCCCCAUACUACUACCACUCUCCGCCACCACCAGCCCAUCCAAUGCCGCCUUACCACCACAAAUACCCUCCACACCAUCACCACCCCUACCACCAUCUCCAUGUCAGCGUGGUUGGAAGCGUCUACUGCUACGCAUGUUACGAUUGGCCACACAAGAAGCUUGUGUCCCAUGAGAAAAAACUUGUCAUUGGUGCCACAAUUGAAGUGAUUUGUAAAGAGGGAUCCAAGAAGAUUUCAUUCUUUGGGAAAACAAACAAGAACGGAAAAUACUACAUUGAAUUAGAAGGCUUCCAUGGAAAGUACGAGACCUGCAAAGCCAAGCUCCACAGCGCACCAAAGGGCUCUCUCUGCAACAUUCCCACAAACGUCGGCCAUGGCAAAUCUGGUGCUUCUUUAUUCCUUGAAUCAGAGUCUCAUGGUGAGAUAGUUCUCAAAGCCAAGGCAUUCGCUUUUGCUUCUGAAAAGCCAUACAAGUUCUGCAAGCACCACCACUACCACCACCAUCCCCCACACCACUACCACCCCAAGCCUCCUCCCGCAUUACCACCACCACAUCAUUACUACUACAAGUCCCCACCACCACCAGCUCCUACAUACUACUAUAAAUCUCCGCCACCGCCAUCACCAAAGUACCAUUACAAGUCUCCUCCACCACCAUCACCAUACCACUACCAAUCACCACCACCUCCUCCUUACUACUAUAAGUCACCGCCACCACCACCGCCCAAGUAUUACUACAAAUCCCCACCCCCGCCAUCACCAUACUAUUACCAUUCUCCACCACCACCUCCUUACUACUAUAAGUCCCCACCACCCCCAUCGCCGUCUCCACCACCACCAUAUUACUACAAGUCUCCUCCACCACCAUCACCUUCUCCUCCACCUCCUUACUAUUACAAAUCCCCGCCACCACCAUCGCCCUCACCACCCCCUCCCUAUUAUUACAAGUCCCCACCACCACCAUCGCCAUCUCCUCCUCCUCCCUACUAUUACAAGUCUCCCCCACCACCAUCUCCGUCGCCUCCGCCUCCUUAUUACUACAAGUCCCCGCCCCCGCCAUCUCCAUCCCCUCCUCCACCCUACUACUACAAAUCUCCACCACCACCAUCUCCAUCUCCCCCACCUCCCUACUACUACAAAUCUCCUCCACCACCAUCCCCAUCACCCCCACCCCCCUACUAUUACAAGUCCCCGCCACCACCAUCGCCAUCUCCUCCUCCUCCCUACUACUACAAGUCCCCACCGCCACCAUCACCAUCUCCACCUCCACCCUACUACUACAAGUCCCCACCACCACCUUCACCAUCUCCACCACCACCCUACUAUUACAAAUCUCCCCCACCUCCAUCUCCCUCACCUCCACCCCCUUACUACUACAAGUCCCCACCACCACCAUCGCCCUCUCCUCCACCUCCCUACUAUUACAAGUCACCGCCGCCACCAUCUCCUUCACCGCCUCCUCCAUAUUACUACAAAUCCCCACCACCACCGUCCCCAUCACCACCUCCCCCUUACUACUACAAGUCCCCACCACCACCAUCCCCGUCACCUCCACCUCCCUACUACUACCACUCACCACCACCACCGUCCCCUUCACCACCACCUCCCUAUUACUACAAGUCCCCACCGCCACCUUCUCCAUCACCACCUCCCCCUUAUUACUACAAGUCCCCACCACCACCAUCGCCAUCUCCUCCUCCACCAUACUACUACCAUUCACCUCCACCACCAUCACCUUCACCACCCCCUCCGUACUACUACAAGUCCCCACCGCCACCAGCCGGAUACAACUAAGGCCGACUUUGCAGCGUUAUCGAUCAUGUUUUGAUAGGACUCUUGCAUUAGUAGGGAAUAAGCGAUCCAAGGCAUCGUCGGGGAUCACAGGAUGUGAAGAAUUCGAGAGUCCAAUGGUUGCCAUCUUGCACAUUCUGCUGUUAGUCUACUCUAAUAGAAUUAGCUUCACUAAGGGGGUUGGCCGGAGAACCUUGAAGAAGAAGAGUUCUUGAUCACAAAGUUUGGCCAGUUUCAAGAAUUUAUUUGUUGUUAUUGUACAAUCCAGAUUCGUUCUUACUCGUUUUGUGAGGCCUAUAUAGUAUCAGAUCCUGCAGUGCACUAUGCACACUCUGUUAAUAAAAAUGGAAAUUUCUCUCUC